AUGGACGGACAGAACCCCAACUACGGGUACCGGCCCCGCGCCGGGGCGCCCUGCCAGUCCUGUCGCCAGGCCGAGUGGAGCGACUGGACGCCGUGGAGCCCCUGCUCCGUGUCCUGCGGGGAGGGGGUGCAGAGACGCAGCCAGACCUGCCUGGGGCAGGGCCAGUGCUCGGGGGGCCCGCGGAAGAAGUGGGAGAUACAAGCCUGCAGCCUGCAGGAUUGCUGCCCGGUGAUGGGGGGCUGGUCGGCCUGGGGCCCCUGGAGCUCCUGCUCCGUGACGUGCGCCGAGGGGGUGAGGAAGCGCGUCCGAAGAUGCACCGAGCCGGCGCCCAUCUGCGGGGGCUCCUGCCCUGGCCCCGACUCGGACACAAUGCCCUGUGACACCAACAAGAUCUGCCCCACUCAUGGUAACUGGGGCAGUUGGGGGCAAUGGGGUCCUUGUUCUGCCACAUGCUCUCCAGAGGACGUGAAGCUGAAGCCCCAGCAGCGUCGUUGGCGGGUUUGCAACAACCCCCCGCCUUCCGUCAUCCCUCCCGGACUCCCCUGCAUUGGACCCACCAGUGAGGACCAGUCGUGCCCCGGGCUGCCCUUCUGCCCAGUGGACGGUGGCUGGAACAACUGGGAGACAUCCAGCACCUGCUCGGUGACCUGUGGCCUGGGCCGGGUAACGCAGAAGCGUCUUUGUAACAACCCAGCUCCACGGCAUGGUGGUAAGGCCUGUCUUGGCCUCAAUACCCGGUCACAUUUCUGCAACACCAAAAUACCCUGCCCAGUGGACGGGCGCUGGUCGGAGUGGGGGGAGUGGUCCACUUGCACCCGGCCGGGUUACACCGGGAGCAUCAGCUGCCGGGAGAUCGUGGGGCAGCAGAGGCGGACGCGGGAGUGCCGGGGGCGCAGCCCCGAUGGGAAGCGCUGUGAGGGCAGCACUAUCCAUAUCCGCAGCUGCUACAACAUGUUUCGGUGCAAACUGGAGGGCCAGUGGUCCGACUGGAGUCCCUGGGGUCUCUGCGUCCCACCCUGCGAGAAGAACUCCAUGAAGUCUCGGAAGCGCGUUUGCCAACCCACGUACCCCAAAUUUUCGAUGGAGACCCAGGGAGUGGGGAGCACCGGGUCGGUAAACGUCAGCUUCUGGGGUAAACCCUGGCCCCAGUGCCAGCCCAUCAACGGGCAGGCCCUGGAGGUGGAGGAGAAGGAGCCAUGUCUCAAUAUGCCACCCUGCCCGGAGGAGGAGGAAUAUGGUGAGCUGGGGGGGAUGUCGAGUGGCCGGGCCCUUUCCUGGCUGAUCAGGGAUUCCCUCUCCCCUGCCCCUGCUGGCCGGCGCCUGGCCAGCCCGGAGAGCUGGGAGCCGCUUUCCACUGGCGCCGGCCGAGUGUCCACCGUCUUCUGCCCCGUCUCCUCUUCCACGGUGCCGGCCCCGGGCUCCUGCUACCACCGGGGCGGCUGGUGA